GUGAUCCUAUGGGCUGAGGCAACAAUGGGACAGAAUGAAGCCUCCUCCUACAAACCACACAGGUUCUGGGGUGAGUUCGAUUUUACAUUCUACAAUUUCAUGCUCUCUCACUUUUAUCUCUUACCAUCAAGAUUGUGACUUCCCUCCUACCGUUGCCCAUGGAUAUUAUGAACGAACUCAAGCAUUCAGUGUAUUCAGAACUGAGGUGAUAUACAAAUGUGACAAAGGAUACACUCUGGUUGGGGAAGCCAGACUCUCCUGCAGUUCUUCAUGCUGGUCCCCUGCUGCCCCUCAGUGUAAAGCUCUGUGUCCAAAACCAGAAAUAGCCCAUGGAAAGCUGUCCGUGGAUAAAAUUCAAUAUGUUGAACUUGAAAAUGUCAGCAUCCAGUGUGACUCUGGUUUUAAGUUGGUCGGUCCUGAAAGUAUCACUUGCUUAGACAACAGAACGUGGUCCCCCGAUGUGCCCAAGUGUGAGUGGGUGGUCCCUGAAGGCUGUGAAAAUGUCCUCGCAGGAAGAAAGACGAUGCAGUGUCUCCCUAACCCAGAAGAUGUGAAAAUGGCCUUGGAGGUGUAUAAAUUGACUUUGGAAAUUGAACUGCUGGAAAGACAGAUAGAGAGACCAAGGGAUUCUUCUGUGGACUCAGCACCGUAAUUUCUCCCUAAAGAGGGAGACAAAUGUGCUGCCUUCAAUACAACACAGGUCGCUUCAGCUUAGCAACUCUACUGUCCCCUUUGCACCAUCAUUCAUGGUAAUGUCUAGAAAGGAUCGUUUGUUCACAUUUAGUUCUUUGAGACUGCAGAAUGAUUGAUCACCUCCUAGCUCAUCCUUUUGCUUUUUUAGACACAAAGUACACAUUCUUUUCAAGUAAAAAUGUUAUAAAUCAAAUUUAA